AUGUAUAAGCUGGGCCGUCGAACACGGCAUUUUGUUCAAUUGGGUGCCAUCGUUAGGCACGAGCCAUCCAUCCCUACCCCAAACACUACUCCAUCAUCCCAAUCGGACCCGAAUUCGCCCAGCUACGAAAUUAAAAUACGACGCCCGAAAUUCACGAAGCAGAAAAAUAGUACCUGUUCCACAUGUUCGACAACGAGUAGUAGCGGGCCAGGAACGCCGAGAUCGGAUAUCGUCGAGCAACAACUCGUCGACCUCAACCAAUCUUGGAAACGUUUUAACGAGACACCGAAUGGCCAACCGGAUACAUCCAUUAUCGUGUACAGGUCACAAGGCUCAAAAGCCGAACCGGAAUUUCGUCCCUUCGACCUCGACACUUACUACAUGGAGCUCAUCCUGAAGGAGGUCGAGAUCGACCCCAAGCUCAUCGGAUUU